UUCUUGCCUCCGAACAUCACCUCUGUCUACCAGCCCAUGGACCUGGGCAUCUUGUUUGUACUCAAGUGCCAGUACACGACCGAGAUGGUGGCAAGGCUGACAGACCUCAUCGAGGACUGGGACACUGCGACAAUGCUGGACGUCACGGACAUCUGUUCCCAGAAGUGGCGUAGCUUCGACAAUCAGACGCUCAUCAGGUGCUGGCUCAAGGCUGGCAACCUUCCCAUGGAGCACUGCAACAUUUUCAAGGGCAUAGACACGCGGCUUGACCGAGAGGACAAGGACGACGCGGCAAUCAUCGACGGCCUUUGUGACAUGGUCUCAAAAAAUUCGAUGCCAGCUAGCGUAACGGACUAUAGGUCCAUGCCGCGAGUGUUGACGGACAAUUUGUUUGUCGAGAAGGGCACAGACCUCACAGAGCAGGAAGUCCGAACGGCGGUCAAGACGUGGCUUACGGUAGAGGACGACCCCAAGGUGUUAGAAGAGGAGGUGGAGUUGGAACUGCAGGCAGUAGAGAGAAAUCUCGCCGGCUUAGAAGUGGACGACGACGUAUCGAGCGAAGAGGGUGACGGCGGCGGCAGGCCGGAGUCGUGCAUAACCUCGUCCCUCACCGAGGGCGAGGUUAUCUCUUGCUUGGAGGACGUUCGAUCCUAUUUGUACGCGAAGGGAAGGGGUGGCGAGUACCGUGAGAUGCAGUACCUCCUUUCGAAGACCUUUCAUUCGUUUACUCGUGAAACUCAACAGAGCCGUAGAGCCAAGCCGCGGGGGGAGGUUCAGGGAAAUCUUCGCGAUAUGUGGAGGGAAAAGCCGUCAGGGUAGCUUGGUCUCCGCCGGGACAGUUAUAUGUACUGGUGUUCCUCGGUGCGACGCUGAAAUACGCUCGUGUUUUUUGUGUUUCACGAGAAUGAGAUAAAUAUAUUUCUACUUGGACAUUCCUCCUUCUUCCGCUGCCAGCGAAGCAGUACAUUAGUUGGCCAAACUUGUGUACUGUAUGUAGUUGUGUUCAAGACGUCCCCGAUUGCUGUACAUCUCAUGUUAAGUAUAGUAAAUAUGUUCGACGUCAACAAGCGGUUGCCAUUCGUCUCGGCGAUGUUGACUUUUCGUACCACACCCUUCCUUAUCAAAAGACGCGUAGUUUGAGGUAUAGCAUGCCUUCAUUGACCCCGGGUAUGGUGAGCUAUCGUCCCCUGAAAUUUUGAAGGACGCAACCCCGCUUUGAAGACGCUCUUUUUCGGGAAAAACCAUGUGCGUCCUUAAAGCGGGGUCGACUGUGUGAAGAUCACUCUGUGUGUUUGCCUACCUAACCUCGCAUCACAUGCCAGCUACUUUGUAUCUAAAGCUGAAGGAAUAGCUGUACAGCGACUGCAGUGACAGUGCUGUUACCUCGACAGUAUAUAUAUAUUGCGCGCUCAGUGUUGUAAUGGGGAAAAAUAGCACUUGCUAGUGUAGUCUAUAAAGUAUAUAAUAUAAAGUAUAAGCGUAUUUAGCGUUAUAAGCGUAGUUGUACAUGGUUGAUUACCCUGAGUCUACAGAGGUACUUGGUUGUAUUUUGCCAGAUCCACUCGAAUUCCUAGCCCAUCUUCAAAUCGAGCACGGCCUGGGUUGUGGUUUGGAGAUUUGGACCAAGUCCGUAGACUCAACGUCGACGGUGGUGUUGAUGUGGCGGCGCGGCAGGGUUUGUUGAGCAGCUCGUUCUCCUACCCCGGGCAGCUGGGGGAACAAUCUCUUAU